AUGGCAUUGGCAUGUUUGCCGGGACACACGGAAUGCGCUUGUUUGCCGCUUUGCGUGGAUUGUCAGACCAGGUAGAAAUUUGGGGUCUCGACAGGAAAAAACAAGAAUUUUGAUGUGGAAUUUGUGAAAUUUUUGAAGAAAAUAGACAAAUGCGCUUUAUUGCGAAUUUGCUUUGGGGUAGAAAUAUUUGAAUUUUGUUUUUUUUUUCGAAAAAUACAAGUUUGCUCUAUUGAGAAUCGGAUUUUCCACGUUUUUCUAGAAAUUUCUAGUCAUUUUUCAAUUGAAAAUCAAAAUGCCGUGAAAUAUCUUUUCUAUUUAAAAAAGUCUGAAAAAUUCAAAUGCGCUCCAUUGAGAAUUUGCUUUGGGGUAGAAAUAUUUGAAUUUCGCUUUUUUUUCGAAAAAUUCAAGGUUGCUCCAUUGAGAAUCGGAGUUUCCACGUUUUUUCUAGGAAAUUCGGUCAUUUUUCAAUUGAAAAUUGAAAUGCCGUGAAAUAUCUUUUUUUCUAGUUAGAAAAGUCUGAAAAGUUCAAAUGCGCUCUAUCGAAAAUCUGAUUUCCACUUUUUUUUUGAGAUUUUAGUUCAAAACUUGAUCAUUUUCCAUCUAAAAAUCAAGCCAGAACAAACAAAAAAAAUAAACAUUCUCUAAAAAAUUAAAAUGCGCUCUGUUGAUAAUCUGACUUCAAUCAGAAAUAUUCAAAUUUUCUCAAAAAAAAACCAAUCUCUAUUGUAUUGUGAGUUUUUGGUUUUCAAACUUUCACAGGGCCAAAGAAACUCUGAAAUAGGGAAAGUGCGCCCCACUGAAAUGUCUUCAUGUUUUCUUAUCAAAAAUCAAGAUGGGUGGUUGUCAAGGAAAUUUGAUAGAGCUUAAACAUGUUUGUUAGUUCACAGGGACUUGAGAAAGUGCGCUCUAUUGAAACAUUUCGGGGUUUUAAAUAAGCUUUGGUUAUGCUUUUUGAAUACAAGGAGAAUUUUCGAAAAAAAAUCGAAAAUUAGCAAGUUCGCCCCAUUGAACUCCCCCGAAUUCUCCAAAAAUUCAAACCCUAUUUUUUUCCAGAGUUGAUGAAUGUAUAAGCGCGCAAAGUUGUCUUGAUGAAAAAAUGAAAUCGAAUUUCGGCAAAAAAGAGAAUGAAUAUUCGAGAAUUGUUAGUAAAUCCAGCAACAAAUUGUUGAAUUCCCUAUGGGAGACCAAAAAAAUUCCGGAAGAUGGGUGGAAUGAACAUCAAUUGGAGCUGUUUUUGACAUGGUUGUCAUCGCAUGAUACGAAUAAUCGGGUGGAUAUGGUGAGGAGACUUCAGAAGUGCAGAUUAGUGAAAAAUAUAGGCUUAAAUUAAAGCUCAAUUUUCAAAAAUUUGCUGAAAAUUAAUUUUUUUUUGAAAAAUCAAAAAUCUAGGCACAAACAGAUCCGAAAUUUGGUCGAAAUUUAAAAAUUUCGCAUUAUUUUUAAAAAUUACUUUAAAAUGAGCAACUCCAUCCCAGAAAUUGCUCAUAUUAACCUACCUUCAAUUUUUUUCUAGAAAUAAUUGUGCUGAAAAUUGCCCGAACUUUAUCAUUUUGAAAAUAAAAUAAAUUUUUUUUUGAAAAAUUAAAAAUCUAGCCACAAGUUUGAAAUUUUUUUUGCAUUAUUUUUGAAACAUACUUUAAAAUGAGCAAUCCAAUCCCAGAAAUUUAAUAUGUAGAUUGCUCAUAUUAAAACUAUAAUCUAGACUAGACUCUAGCUAUCUGGGGGAUAAUUCAGCCAAUUUUUUUUGAAUUUUCACUGAGAAAUUUGAAAAAUUCUACUUGAGCUACAGAAUUUUGAAAAUUUCAAUUUUUCAAGAAAAAAACCUGAAAUUCUGAAGUGCAAAAUUUUCAAAAUUAAAAAAAAAUGCGUGAAGUUUCCCACGUGACCCAUUUUUUCCACAUUUUUAAAAAAUCAAUUUCGAAUAAAAAUUAGUCAUUUCUGAAUUUUCAAAAAUUCAAAUAUGGCUGCUAAAUAUUUUAUUUCGAAAGUCUAAUCUUGAGUACUGUAAGUUGGGGUACUGUAUUUUUGAAUUACAGUAAUCAGAAGACCAACAAGAUUUUCAGCGCAAAAAUCAAUAAUUUUUUGCAGAAUCCAAUUGGUGCUGGUGAACGAGAAGGACGUGUAAUUUCACCAUUGGUCAGGAGGCUGCACUCAAAGUAGGUCAAAUUUUGAUGAGAAAUUGGAAAAUCGUCAAAUUUUUGUUUUUUUCUGCACAUUUCUGCUCAAAAAUCUCAGAUUUUCACCCAAAAAAAUCCUCCGAUCUUAUUCCAGCCUUACCCAUGGAAUCGGCCGAUCUGGAAACCUCACUGAAAUUCAGCCAAAAGCCCUCGGCUCCUCUAUGCUGGCCUGUCUGGCCAAUGAAUUCGCUCUACACGCCGUCCACCUCCUCGGGCUCCAGAAAAUUCGAGCAUGUUUGAUUGUCCCGCUGUGCACCGGAAUGUCGUUGUCGUUGUGUAUGACGUCAUGGAGACGGAAACGACCGCCCACAGCGAAAUAUGUGAUUUGGUUGAGGAUUGAUCAGAAAUCGUCGUUGAAGAGCAUUUUUCAUGCGGGUGAGUUUUGGUUUUGAGUUUGCCACGUGGCAUUUUUUAAAGUUUUUUUUUUGAGUUGUAAAAAAGCGAAUAUAUGCCACGUGGAUUUUUUUUUAGAAAAAUUGAUUUUCAAAUUCAAAAUGUCUUUUGUCACGUGGAUUUUCUUGUUUUUGUGGAGAAAAAUUGAAAAUUGAAAAAUUUGACACCUGGAUUUUUCAUAGAAUUUUUUAUUAAAAAUUUUUGUUUUCGGAAAAAUUCUGUUAUUUUUCUCGCCACGUGGAUUUUUCAUAGAAUUUUUUAUUAAAAAAUUUUCAAAAAUCAAAACUCAGAAUUAUUAUUUUUUUUUGAAAAAUUAAAGUUUUCCGAAAAAUUCGGAUAUUUUUCUUGCCACGUGGAUUUCUAUUUCACAAUUGAGUUUUUGAAAAUUCAGAAUUUAUCGUUUCCUCACCAAACCCUAUUUUCUCCUUUCCAGGUUUUGAGCCAAUAAUUGUGGAGCCAUUGAGAGACCGUGAUGCUCUGGUGACGAAUGUGGAAAGUGUGAAUCGAAUAUUGGAGCAAAGAGCUGAUGAGGUGAGGGUUUUUGGGAGAACUGUGGAGACAAGAUGUAUAAUAUUUUUGAAAUUAAAAAAAAUUCUGGAUUUAUGGGCUUCAGAAAAUAAAACGUUUUUCAAAAAAAAUUAUUUGAAGGGUCCGAAACAGUACAAAUUUUUGUCAAUUUUAUCGAUUACCGAUUUUUUAACUGCGGAUUGUCUAUUUGAUCUAAAACCCUUUAUUUUCUCUAACAAGGGAACCUUUUUUACUCUACACUUCAACCUUUGAUGAAAUUUUGUCCAUAGACAGCUUUUGGGGUCAUAAGAACACCCUAAAAGUUUUAGGUACCCAAUGGACCUCCGAGCCAAGUUCUGGGCUCUCAAAAGCUCAAAAAUUGCUUAAAUUGGCUUAUAAAAGUCAUCAUAGCUCAAUUUUCAAUCAUAAUUUUCUGAAAAAUUUUCGAUUUUAGAAAAAAGAAUGAGCAGAUUUACAUGAUUUUUCAGCCGAAAAAAUGAAAAACUUCAAAAUUUUUUGAAAAAAUGUUUAUUAUUGAUGUACUUUUAGUAAAUCGACUACGCUGGUUUUUUUUUCUUACAAAAAUUAUUUUGAAAUGGUGUUUUGAUGACUUUUAUGAGUCAAUUUUUGAACUUUUGAGAUCCCAGAACUUGGCUCAGAGGUCCAUUGGGUAACUUAAAUUUUUAAAGUGUUCUUAUGACCCCAAAAACUGUCUCUGGACAAAAUUUCAUUAAGGUUUGAAGAGUUGAGUAAAAAAGGUUCCCUUGUGUGAUUUAUGUACGUUUCAAAAUAUUCUAAAAUAUUCACCAAUAAAUGUAAUUUCAAUAAACCGAUCUUCUUAUCCUUCAAAAUUCCCCUAUCAUUUUCUCAGAUUUUGUGCGUCAUGUCCACAACAUCCUGUUUCGCCCCACGAAAUCCGGACAACAUCGAAGCGAUUUCAGCGAUUUGUGCCACUCAUAAGGUUCCACAUUUGGUCAAUAAUGCGUAUGGAUUACAAUCGGAAGAAAUUAUUCGGAGAUUGGAAGCGGUGAGUUUGUCGAGAUUCUUGGAAAAAUCUAGGAUACUCUCGAGAAAAGUUUACUAUGAGCAAUGCUCGAAAAUUCUAUGAGCAUUUCUUAAAAAAUAGUAUGAUAUGAGCUUAAUUGAUUGCUAUUUUUUUAGAAUUGCUCAUAUUAAUUAGAAUUUUCGAGCAUUGAGUAAUUGUAACAAAUGUGUGAUUUGAGCGAUUCUAAAAACAAUAAUUUAAUAUGAGCAAUGCCGAAAGUUUUUGUUAAAUAUUGUAAAAAGCCAACUUGAGUUUUGGUCUUAAAAAUAGCAAGAAUUUGAGCUUUAAAAAAUUAUGCUUAAAUCUUGAAUUUCAGAAAAUCUACUGUAGUUUGAAAUUGCGGUUCUGAAAAUUUUGAAAAAGUAUCAAAUAAGUUCCGAUAACACCCCCAAAACUCCCCUCAAAACUCCCAAUUUUUUGCAGUCAAACGAAUGUGGUCGAAUUGAUGCCAUCGUCCAAUCUCUCGACAAAAAUUUUCAAGUUCCAGUGGGCGGAGCUUUGAUCGCCACGUUCAAGCAAAGCCAGGCUCAACAAAUUGCACAAUGUUAUCCCGGAAGAGCAUCCUCGAUUCCAUCAAGAGAUUUGGUUUUGACAUUAUUACAGCAAGGACAUCGAGCGUUUUUGGAACCGUUUCAGACGCAGAAACAGUGGGUUUUGAGUUUUAUUUUGAUACUGAAUUUCAGGAUUUCUGGAAAAAUUCUCUAAUUUUCCAGAAUGUUUCUGAAAAUGCGCCGAAAAUUGAUUUCGUUUGCCGAAAAUAUUGGAGAAUGUGUCUAUGAUGUUCAGGAGAAUGAGAUUAGUUUGGGUGAGUUUUUUUUGGGGCCUUUAGUUUUGCCACGUGGAAAUUUUCCCUGAAAAAAAUAAUUUUCGAAACAUUUUGCCACUAAUUUUAAAUUUUAAAAAAUUAUCAAAAUAUAUAAAAAUUUUGAAACAGUGAAAUUUUUUCGAAUUUUUUCUCCAGGGAACCUUUUUUGCCACGUGGAACUCGCAAUUUUCGGCCCUAAAAAUUUGAAAAAAAAUUUCACUGUUUCAAAAAAAAAUUUCACUGUUUCAGUAUAUUUUUCAAUGCAUUUUCAAAAUGUUGAUAUGUAGUGUUGCACAAUUAUUUUCUCAAAUAAAAACAGUCUUCAAAAUUGUGCCACGUGGCAAAAACGUGUAUUUUUAACGUCAAAAAAUCCGGAAUUCCACGAUUUUCGAAAAAUUGCACUGUUUCAAAAUUUUAUGAAUUUUUCAUCAUUUUUUUGAUUUUGAUUGCUAAAUUCUGAUGCAAAAAUUUGUCCACGUCGAAAAAGUUUAUAUUUUUUGUACCAAAACACUGUGCAUUUCCACGUGGAAAAUUUCCCUGAAAAAAAUAACAUCAAAAAAUUUCACUGUUUCAAAAAUUCAAUAUAUUUUUCAACAUUUUCAAAAUUUUGAUAUUGUUUUACAUAUAUUUUGUCAAAUAAAAAUUGUCUUCAAAAUUGUGCCACGUGGCAAAAACGUGUAUUUUUAGCGUCAAAAAUUCUGGAUUUCCACGUGGAAAAUUUUUCCUAACAAUAAAAAUAAUUUUAAAAAAUUACACUAUUUCAAAAUUUCCAUAUAUUUUUGAUUGCAAUUUUUCUGUGUUCUCCCAAUUCUGGCCCCAAAAUGCUUCAACGUGGAAAAGGUUUAUACUUUUGUACAAAAAGGUCCCUUUCAAAAUUUUUUCUGAAUUUUUUGAACAUUUUUUUGAUUUUGAUUGCUAAAUUUUGAUGCAAAAAUGUUGAAAAAGUUUAUAUUUUUAGUACCAAAAGACUGUGAAUUUCCACGUGGUAGAUUUUCUCUGAAAAAAUAAUUUUCGAAAAAUUUCACUGUUUCAAAAUUUUUAUGAAUUUUUUGAAAUUCUCAGAAUUUUGAUAUAAUUAAAUUAUAAUUUUAUAAUUAUUUUCUAAAGUCCAAUUUUCAGCCAUGACAUUAUCCACAAUUCCACCCGCCAAACAAACGCUUUUCGGUUCGAUUCUCUUCAAUCGCGGAAUCACCGGAGCCCGCGUUGUCGCCUCAAAUACCGGAAAAAUCACCAUUGAAGGAUGCGAAUUCACCAAUUUCGGAUCGCAUUCUGAAGAACAACAUGGCGGUUAUUUGAAUAUUGCAUGUGGUGUUGGUAGGGAUUUAUUUGGGAAGAAUUUUUGAUGAAUCUGAAAUUUCAGAGAAGAAAAAGUUAUUAUUUUCAUUGAAAAUUUGAAACAGUGAAUUUUCGGUAAAUUUCUAGCCAAAAUUUGGGAAAUUUUGAUGGAUUUGAAGUUUCAGCGAAAAAUUGUAUUCAAAUUUUGUAAGGCAUCUGCCACGUGGUUUUUUUUGGUCCAGAGCUCAAUUUCACAUAUACUGAAUUUACUGAAAAGUUUUAAAAUUUUAUGUAAAAUUUGAAACAGUGAAUUUUUUUAAAUCAAAAUUUUUUUCGAAAAAUAAUUUCAAUGUGAUUUUCUUUGCUCUGAAAAUUGAGAAAAAUUUGCAGAAAAAAUCAUUUAAAUUUUUCCACAUGGUAAAAUUUUGAAAAAAAAAUUCCGAAAAAAAAAUCGCCUGAAAAAUUUACGUUUCAAAUUUUUCAUACGUUUCAAAAGGUUUUUAUUAUUUUUGAUAAGUUUGGUUUUAUUUUCAACAAUAAUUCAUAAAUAAUAAUGUCACGUGGAAAAUUGUAGAAAAAAUUUAGGAUUUUUUUUUGAUGAAUUUUGAGCCGGGAUUUUGCCACGUGGAUUUUCUGGCUCGUUAGAGCUCUGAAAUUUGAAGAAAAUUUGCAGAAAAAAUCAGUUAUUCAAAUUUUUCCACGUGGCAAAAUUUUUUCCCGAAAAAAAUUGCCUGAAAAAUUUACGUUUCAAAUGUUUUAUUAUUUUUGAAAGAUUUUUAUUAUUUUUGAUAUGUUGUUUUUAAAAUUCUCAAACUCAUUUUCUACACCAAACUAAAUUCCAAUCUUUUCCUCCAGGAAUGUCUGAAAAUGAAGUGGAAGAACUAUUUUGUCGACUAUCAUCAACUUAUGCUAAAUUCAUUCGUCAAAUUGCGGCCGAAAAAUCGGGAUCGAAUAGGAUUUCCAGAGCUGACACUUUUGAUAUGGAAAAUGAUUGA